AUGGCGGACGCACUCUCUAUCGAGCAGAACAACAAGAUCCGAGUCGCGCUUGGCCUUGCUCCGCUCCCCGUCCCCGGCGCAGCCAACGAUGGACCAGCAUUUAAAUCUGGAGAUGGGGAUGAAUCCGCGUCCUCAGACGGCGAGGAGCCCGGCAGCACGCUAGAAUCACGAGCCGCGCAGGGCUAUGAUAACUGGAAAGCUGUCCAGGAUGAACAAGAGGCACAGAAGAAGCGCGAGGCGAGAAAGGAUGCUAUCCGGCGAGCUCGAGAGACCGCGCGGAGGAUGGCGAAGCUGGAAGGCAAGGGACUCGGAGAAGGCGGUGACGACGCGGAGAUGGACACAAGAGCAUGGCUGAUGCAGCAUAAGAAGAAGCAGAAGAAGAUUGAAAAGGAACGGGCCAGGAAGCUAGCAGAGGAGCUUGCGGAGCGGGAACAGCAGAUGGCUGAAUAUACGUCCAAGGACUUGGCCGGGGUCCGGGUUGCGCAUGAGAUUGGCGAUUUUGACGACUUUGACGAGACCGGCGAGAAGGUUCUUACGCUAAAGGAUACGACGAUUGACGAGGACGAGGAGCAAGGGGACGAGUUGGAGAAUAUACAUAUGCGAGAAGGCGAGAAGACGAAGGAGAGGCUAAAACUGAAAAAGAAAAAGGUUGCAUAUGAUCCAAAUGACAUGGACGCCAGCGGCACGAUUCUAUCACAGUAUGACGAGGAGAUUGAUGGGAAGAAGAGGAAGCAUUUCACCCUUGCGUCGAACGACCUCACACCGCAAGCCAGGGAAGCGAGGCGGCAGGAUGUGUCGUCGAAGCUGAAAAUGGAGCCGAUGAACCUCGACGCUUUGCUCGAUAAGGAGGUUGCGGCGUCCGACUACAUGGAUGCCUCUGAGAUUAAAGUGAAGAAGCCAAAGAAAAAGAAGGCGAAGAGUACAAGGCGGCGGGCUGCUGAUGACGACGAGGAUGUAUCUCCGCCUAUUGAUACCAAUGGAGAUCAAAUGGAGACGGAUGAACCACCACAGGCUGCUCCUGCGGUACCGGCUAAACGACCGCGAGAAGACAUAUCAUUUGUUGACGAUGAUGAUCUACAAGCUUCUCUUGCCGCCCAGCGAAGAGCAGCGUUUAAGAAGAGAAAGAAACUACGCCCCGAGGACCUGGCACGCCAGCUGAGGGAAGAAUCAGAGCAGGCGCAGAACGAAAUGGACGUCGACGGAGCAGAGGAAGACCAAGGAUUGAUCAUCAACGAGACUUCGGAGUUUGUAGCAAACCUACAACGGCCUACGCUCAUUGAACGUCCACGAUCCGUCUCACGAGAACCUGCCGUCGAAACCCCCACCAACCCACCCCAGCCAACAGUCGAAGAGACGUCCGACGUGGAAAUGGAACCAUCCUAUACCAUUGUCGAACAAGAACAAGUACCAGAAGAGCAGCCGAAAGACAUGACCACCACCGGCCUCGAGGAAGAAACCACCCUCGACCAAGGCCUCGGCGCAACCCUCGCCAUGCUCAAACAGCGCGGUCUCGUCACCGCAGCCGAAGGAGACGGCCAAACCAUCAACGCCCUACACCGCGACCGCCAACGCUUCCUGGCUGAAAAACGCCGUCGUGAAGCCGAAGCCGAGCGCCUCGCCCGCUCCCAGCGUGAACGAGACCGUGCCUCGGGAAAACUAGACCGCAUGUCUGCCCGUGACCGCGAAGAGUACGCUCGCUGGGAGAACAAGCAGCGAGACCAACACGAGUCUCGCGCGAUGGCGGACGUGUUUAACCGCGAAUACAAGCCGGACGUUCAACUGAAAUACGUGGAUGAGUUUGGCAGGAAGAUGAACCAGAAGGAGGCGUUUAAACAUCUUAGUCACCAGUUCCAUGGAAAGGGCAGUGGUAAGAUGAAGACUGAGAAGCAUUUGAAGAAGAUUGAGGAUGAGAGGAAGAGAGAGGCGAUGAGUACGUUGGAUAGCAGCCAGAAUACGGGCAUGAAUAAUGCUAUGGGAGCAACGGCGAAGAAGAACCGGCAGGCGGGCGUGAGACUUGCAUAG